AACGUCUCUGAUAAUAAACCGAAAUGUGUUGACGUCAGGCGUACAACACCAAGACAACUGAAACAAUAUCAAUCGAAACGUGGUCACCUCUUCUCGUCAACAUCCCCGCCAACUUCAACGACAACCACCCUCACAGAAUCCGAUCAUCAUAAAGCUUUAUUCAAUCAUGCCAUAUCUGAAAAAAGUAAAACCACAGGGAAUUUUCACACUACCGGAGGGAAAUCUGCCCAUGCUCAACAACCCCAACAAAUACAUCCCGGUGAUUUAGCCUCCUCUUUAAUACGUACAGCAAGCCUACAUUUGAAAACAACCCUGUCACGAUUAAAACGAUCGAAUAGUGGACAUACAAGUAAAUCGUUAGAUAAUUCAAUGCAUACGACGAAUACUACCACGACUACUACGAUUAGUAAUACUAACAAAACGACGACUGCUGCUGACGACGAAACAUCUCUACGUCGUAGUUCUAUGCCAUAUGAUCAGAAAUCAAUAAAAACUAUUACAAAAUAUUAUGAACGACAGUCAUCAAAUCAUGACGAUGAUGAUGAUGAUGAAUUAUCACCUGGUUGUACAAAAUGGUCUACACGACUAGGUCCUCCGCCACCGUGUACUCUGAGUACGCCGAUUGUCGCCUCAUCAAUUCAUAGAAACACUUGUCCAAAAUGUACCACCUCGAUGGGAACUUAUGCUACUACAAUAACCACAGUCUCCGCUGGUACACGAGCGCUGGCAAGUGAAAAUAAAGAUUCGUCAUUAUCGCAUCCAUAUACCUCUAUAACUACAACUACCCACACUACUAAUAGUGGCAAUGUAAGUAGUGCAUUUUAUUCAUUGCCUACAUGUGAAUCAAAUGAGAUUAAUCUUUUAGCUGAUGAUUGUAUAGAUUUUGGUACACUUGGUCGGAUUAAUUUUCGUACAGGUAGUUUUAUGGGUCGUUAUCCAAACUAUUCACGAUCGAAUCAACUUCAACAGUAUUCCCGUGGUCAAAAUACAAGCCAUAUACAACAACAACAACAACAACCACAACAACGUCCAUCUGAUUAUCGACCACUUUACUUGUCAGUUCAACCGCAAACAUCCUCCUCCUCGGGGAAUACAACACGUUCUGCGCCUUCACCAAGUCUUUCAUCAAUCACAUCAACACAAGGCGUAUUAGUAUUGUCUUCAUCGUCACCUAGUGGUAGUUAUCAUCAAGACGCAUAUCAACACCAGGUGAAUCAAUGUCUUCAACAGAAUAAACCAAUCGCCUUGAAGACAUCGUCUGCUUCAUCGAUUACGGUUGCAGGAUCAUCGUCACGUUCAUCCAGAAAUUAUUCUUUACAUUAUCCACAGGCAAUUGAUAGUGUUGUUGCCUUCGGUGGUGGUGGUGUCGGGGGUGUUGAAGACUAUUCAAUACCUGUUCAACAUGAGGAUAUUUUAUCUGUAUCAAGUAGAAAUCCACAUCGUGAAUUAGAUCCAAUCUUGGCACGUCUUCUAUCAGAUGUUACCAGUAUUGAUGAGUAUAGAUCAUCAUUACAACCUCAUG